AGUUAUAGUCAAGCACAGGUUAGUAGUAAUUCUAAAGCGACUCGAUACAAGUGGUUAACGAAGCGCUCUUAUAUUUUUGUUGAGUUUGGUAAAAUUAAAUACACGUAUUGAGAUAAAUUUUAUUCAAAUUUUAGGCAUAACUUCCUAGUUAUGUUUUUGUUAAGUAAAGUAUCUCUUAGUACCUUCGUUUUCUUUUACGGUUUCGUUUACACGAAUGCUUGGUUUUUCAACGGCGGAAGUUCAAUUGCUUCGGAAUUAGAUACUGGAUUCAGGGAUUUAGUACCAUACGCCAGUGAAAAUGUCGAAACAACUGAUGAUUCAGACGCCAAAGAUCCCCUGAAUUUGAGUUUCCUACCAAUUGUCUUGCGAGGAUUUGGUUUACCAGCUGAUGGUGGAUGGUCGGCUCUGAAACAGUUUGCGAAGGAACCAUGGUGGAGAGGUGCCAAUGUUUGCACCUCGAAGGUCGAAGAAGUCACCAACAAUACUCAGGCCGAAGUGGCAGAAAAAUCGCCGUUCAUCUUUUUCGGCAACGCCGCAUUUUCCACAUGUCGUAACACGUUGAACAAAUACAUCUGCACCAACAAAGUCUACAGCAGAGAACAAACCAAAACCACCGAAGUUGUGUAUUUCUGUUGUCCAGGAACGCGCAAGAAUCAUGAGACGGGAAAUUGCGAAAAAGUUGAUAUCAAACCGUUGGAAGAGACCGCCAAUAAACUGGGAUCGUCCGAGUUUGCCAGAGCAAUGGGCAACUAUGUGAAAAAAUCUGUGUUGGAAACUCCAAAUAUGACCGUUUUCAUACCUUCGGAUAAGGCUGUGAAUACUUAUUUAAAUAAUGCUCCGAAGUUGUUCUUGAAUGAAAUGGUCGUACAUGCUGUUUCUGAAAAUAAAACCGGCGACGAUAAUAGCUUAGAAAACGAAAUCCCCGUAGCAUCGGAUGUAUCUCAAAAACAAUCUCUUUCCUCAGGAAUCGCUAUAACUAGCGAAAGAGCCUUGAAUCAUUUCGUUCCUGGCGUUUAUGAUAUUCAUGAUCUCGAAAAUGAAGAAAUUCUGAAAACAAUCGAUGGUUUACCAAUCCGAGUGAACAUUUAUCACGGUGAAAAGAAGCCUAUCAUUACCGCUAACUGUGCUGUAGUCAAAACCGCCAAUCAUCCUAUUGAAAAUAAUGGCAUGUUGCACAUUACCGACGCUAUUCUACCUCAAGUUACCAAAUCUAUUAGGGAUAUUUUAUUAGAAAGUAAAGAUUUUGGAAAAUUCACCGAAUUCGCUUCUGAUGCUGAUUUAUUGGAAAAACUUGGCGAACCUGGAAAUUACACCGUUUUUGCUGCUACCGAUGCUGCAUUCGAUCAACUGAGCGAAGAAAUGAAAACGAAAUUGAAAAAAGGAAAAUCUUGCAUUCAAACUAUGAUGAAAGCUCACGUUAUACCUCGUACUCUAUGCAGCGGCGCAUUCGGUAAAUUGACCGUCAUGACUAGAAGCCUAUCCGGAAACUGGUUGACCAUCGAAAGAGAAAACAGCUCUUUAUUAGUUGGCCGCGACAGUAAAACCGAAAUGGUAGACAUUGUUGCCAGUAACGGAGUAAUCCACGUUAUUGACCAUCCAAUCGUGCCUAAAUCCGCUCAACCAGUAACUUCAUUGUUGGCGAACAGAAACCAUACGAAAUGGCUAGACUUGAUGAAAAAAGCUGGUUUCGCCGAAGAAAGCGAUAAUGCUAUCAACAGAACCAUGUUUGUUCCUAGCGAAGAAGCCAUUGAAAAAGCCAAAUUAGAAGAUUUAGACACCGAAUCAUUGAAAGAUGUUAUUUCACUUCAUAUUAGCGAAAAACCCGUUUGUUCGUGCCAAAUGAAAAAUAACUUGAUGAUUCCAUCGCUUAAACCAGAAGACGAAUUGAGAAUUACUACAUACGAAAGUAAUGGAGCUUUAUUCGUUGGUUUAGACCCGAAAAUUAUGGUUCAAUGUGCUACGAUCACCGAUAAAGAUGAAAAAGCUUGCGAUACCAUGGUUCAUGAAAUUGAUCGUGUGCUUAAGCCAGCUAAGCAAUCUAUUUUCGAAAAAAUCAAUAACGAACCUUCUCUGAGUAAACUGAAAGGCAUUUUAGACAAUACGACGGUAUACGAAGAAUUGAAAAACGGCUCUUUAGGUCCAGUCACUCUUCUAGCUCCUAGUGAAUCUGCAUUUGCUAAUUUGACCACUGAAGAUUGGAAAACUCUAGAAGAUAAGAAUGUUGCCGAUGAAUUACUAAGAAGACAUAUCAUAACUGAUGUUGUGUGCUGUGAUGGUGUCGGAAUGGCUAGCUGGCCGUUCUCCGAAGAAGUUUCUACUGCAAACGGUUUCUCAAUGAGUGUUCGCAGAAAGAAUAAAUAUAAUGUGAUAUUUGGUGAAACUACAACUGAAUCUUGUGAUCACCUUACCACGGAUGGUAUCAUCCAUUACGUUGAUAAGGUAUUGAUGCCUCGUCCCAUUAGUUUGAAAGGCAGCGCAGUCAAAUACAUGGAUCCAAGUGGUUCUGAAAUUGUACUCUUUGGCCUUUAAACUAUUUUAAUUAUGUCUGUGUCAAUUUUUUCCUUUUUUUGUUUUUUAUACUUUUUUUUAAAUGUAUUGCUAAGAAGAUGAAACUUGAAAAGUUAUUCGUAUUUAUUACAUAUUUAACGUUAUUAUUUCGUUAUUCCUAUAAUCGUUAAUCAAUAAAUGUAUUUUUUUUUUUAAAUGUAGUAUUAUUUGUUAUUAAAUUAUAGUAAAAUACGGAGUUUUGUACAUUACAAUACUUUUUUUUUCCUAUUAAGAAAAGUAUUCAAAUUGA